GCUAGUGGCCAGGAUUGUCAGUCAGUCGGGUUGACGAUGUGGAGCGGUGAGUUUGCUUUGCUCUUGCUCGUGCUGACCUCCUUCGGGGGGUCGAGCUCGAUCCCCCCUCACGAUGAAGUGGCCCAGAUGGCACGGUACAUCGUCCAUGCCUGUGAUUGGGGCUCGGUGGCCACCAUCUCCACACACCCCCCGCUGAAAGGCCGGCCUUUCUCCAACACCUUCUCAGUGAGCGACGGGCCGCUGGGGAAGGGCAGCGGGAAUCCCUAUCUAUACCUGACCCCACUGGAAAUCUCGGUGCAGGACAUGCAGACUAAUCCAGAAAUAUCCCUGGCUAUGUCCUUGGCAGCGACGGACUACUGUAGGAAAAAAAAGUUUGAUCCCCAAAGUCCACUUUGUUGUCGUGUGAUCCUCUCUGGAAGAAUUAUGAAGGUGAACAAGGCUGAAAUUGAUUUUGCCAAAGAAGCUCUCUUCAGCCGACAUCCAGCAAUGUCUGACUGGCCAAGUGAUCAUGGAUGGUACUUUGCCAAACUCAACAUUACCAACAUUUUGGUCCUGGAUUAUUUUGGUGGAAUCAAAACAGUAACACUCAAGGAGUACUACAGUGUAAAGCCUGAAUAAGAAAGGAAUUUGACUGGCGAAAGAAAAUCGUGAAUGUCGACAGCUGGAACACUGGAUUUUUCUAGAUUUCCCUCAACUUAAGGCUGCUGCAACAGAAGGGGAGUUUAUGCUACAAAUGCUAGUUUGAGCUAAUUAAAUAAAUCAAUCAUUGUAAGUGAUCUUGCAUAUUUUCUACAUUGGUAUUGCUAGAGUUGUCUUGCAAUUUUGAGCGUAUUACAACUCUGCUUUGUUCUUAAACUGGGAGAUGAAGUGAAUUUUCAGAUUUGUAUUAAAAUUAAUAAAAUGUCUUUGCACUUCAUAUAAAUGCAUUAAAAUCCUAUAACAUAAUAGUUUGGGACAACAUCUUAUAAUUAUUCUAUAAACAAGAAUGUCUAAGGUUAAAAACAAAUUAAGACAUUCAAAUUGCUUUGAUUACUUUUGGGAUAUUCUUUACAAAUUUAUCUAAAUAUAACUCUCUUAGGAAAAAUGUAAACCAGGGAGAAGCAUCAUGAUCCAAAAAACACCAAAUACUAUAAUGUUCUUUGUAUAAGUAUUGUGUGCGUUCAUUUUAAUGAGAAAAUGUACAUGAGAAAAUUCUGCAUUUGAAACAUUUGCCACAAGUGCCUAUUUUUGAUUAAAAAUCCAAAUCCUG